AUGGAGCCAAUGCGUUGUUUAAAAACGCCUGAUUUGGAUGAUGAUGAACGUGAAUUUGCUUUAGAUUACUGUCAGUCAAAGAAUACCUACUAUGUUCCGCCGGAGCAAAAUAUCCCUUGGUCAAAUGAGGGGCGAAGAGAACGUCAAAUUGGAUACUAUCAUGUUUGUUUAGAAAAAUAUUAUUUUUAGAACAAAUUUUU